AUGCAUAACGGCCAGUUGCACGCAGACCAGUGUAGCCAUACUCAUUACUUCAUUUGUAAAAGAGCUCUCACAGACACUAAUGUGGGUUCAACUCCGCCUAGUCCAAUCUGGCCAACAUCAGCUACUUCGAACCCGAGCGACGCAGAUAGUGGCACAAGUUCAUCACCCAACUCACUGAUGGCAACUUCAACAAGCUUGGCAAGCACCGUUCCCAAUCGCAGCCCGUCGACAACGCCUUCAGUGUCGUCAACUGAGCUACGCUGGACAUCUACUAGCUACCCAUCCACAAAUCCCCAGCAAAGCCAAGUGACAACCGGCAUCCCGUCUGCAACUUCUUCACUGGUGUCCACUAAGGAGACACCAAAUCCGUACUCAACUGCAUCCACGGCUAGCUCAACAUCAAGCCCAAUCAGCCCAUCAAAAGAACCUCUGACAACCACCGCGACCACCCCUAACCCGUCAAGAUCCACUACCCCUGUCAACACCAUCGACACAAGUCCAUCUUCGACUACAACAAGAAGCUCAUCAACCAUCUCACCCACAUCUCAGCAAUCAAGCACUGGAGCUAUUCCUAUCACCUCCGAAUUACCUUCGCCUGCAACUACCGAUGAGGUUGGGCUUACCGUGUCAUCUACACCCCAGACAAGCUACGGUCCCACACUUAUCAAGACCACACCAAGAUCUACUACUGGUAUAGCUUCAACUCUAACCAACCAGUGGACAUCUAGCCCAGCAGACGAGAAGACAUCAUCAGCUACUCAACAUAUCUCGACAUCUUUACCCCCUUCUACUGAGACACUCAUUGAGAGUACCACUGCAUCUACUACAGUACCCAAGCUACCCUGGACAUCUACUAGCUACCUAUCCACAAAUCCCCAGCAAAGCCAAGUGACAACCAGCAUCCUGUUUGCAACUUCUCCACUGGUGUCUACUAAGGAGACAACAAAUCCGUACUCAACUGCAUCCACGGCUAGCUCAACAUCAAGCCCAAUCAGCCCAUCAAAAGAACCUCUGACAACCACCGCGACCACCCCUAACCCGUCAAGAUCCACUACCCCUGUCAACACCAUCGACACAAGUCCAUCUUCGACUACAACAAGAAGCUCAUCAACCAUCUCACCCACAUCACAGCAAUCAAGCACUGGAGCCAUCCCUAUCACCUCCGAAUUACCUUCGCCUGCAACUACCGAUGAGGUUGGGCCUACCGUGUCAUCUACACCCCAGACAAGCUAUUGGCCCACACUUAUCAAGACCACACCAAGAUCUACUACUGGUAUAGCUUCAACUCUAACCAACCAGUGGACAUCUAGCCCAGCCGACGAGAAGACAUCAUCAGCUACUCAACAUAUCUCGACAUCUUUACCCCCUUCUACUGAGACACUCAUUGAGAGUACCACUGCAUCUACUACAGUACCCAAGAGGAACGACCACAAAGCACUGCGGGAAGCCAACAGGAAGAUCGACAGGCGAUCCAGGGAGCUAAUCGGGAAGUGUAGCAACGAGAAUUCCAUAGAAACGAUGGGGAAUCUGUCCCAGUCUGAGUCGCUCGACUGCUCUGUUUGUGCCACAAAUGUCACAGGGACACCAAGUACAAACGAGCGUCGGGCCAGCUUUGGCCUUCCAGGAGCUGCGCUGUCGCUACCCUGCCGUGCCUUGGCAGGCAAAACAGCUGCCUUGGCAGUGGUGCUUGCAACCAAGCUAACCGAUAUGUCAUCGGCCCCACCAAUCACCAACGACACGGGGCUAGAUACCAGCCGGGCCGAUGAUAUCAUCCAAGUCACAGAUGCCGUGUCCAUCUCCCUUGCUGCAAGAGACACUGACAUGGGAUCAUUCGACUUUCACGACAAUCCGAUCGAGUUGGAACUUCUGCACAAUCAGGUCGUCCCUGAAAACGCCACAAGGGCUUGUGUAUUUUGGAAGAUUCUGGACGACGAGACCUUUGCGGGGGUGUGGUCCGGUGAGGGAUGCAGUGUGACCAAUGAGGGCGCCAAUUUAACCAAUUCAACCACGUGCUCAUGUGAUCACCUGACCAACUUCGCCGUACUCAUGCAGCUGGAUCCUAAUGCGGUCCCUAUACCUAAGGCCGACGAGAAAGCCUUGACUAUUCUAUCCAUCCUCGGAGGCUCUCUCUCCAUCCUGUGCUUGACCCUAAUGCUGGUCAUCUACGCACUCUUGGGGAUGUACAAGACUGAACGUGGAAUGGUCCAUACCAACCUGUGCGUCGCCUUGCUGAUAUCACAGCUCGUAUUUCUGACGGGAAUCGACGCUGUGUCAAACGCAACAGGCUGCAGGGUUGCCGCAGUCCUGCUGCACUAUUUCCUGCUGGCUUCGUUCAGCUGGAUGUUGGUAGAGGGCGCCCUGCUCUUUGCCAGUGCCAAGUUUGUGUUUCACCGGCAGGUUCGUCCCUGGAAGCUCAUGCUCCCCGGCUGGGGCGUGCCAGCCGUUGUAGUCGCAAUCACUUUCGCUGCAGCUGCAAAGGAUUAUGGGUCAAAAGAAAAAUGCUGGCUAAUGGGGAACACCACCUGGGCAUUUAUUGCCCCAGUCAUCUUCGUUGUCGCGGUCAACCUGAUCUCUUUGAUCUUCGUGUUGGAGUCGCUGGUGAAACUGAAAGUUGUGAAAAGUAGGACAGAAUUCGACAAAAUAAGGGUUGUAGUGAGGGCGCUGUUGAUCGUUCAGCCACUCAUGGGAUACACCUGGCUGUUUGGACUCGGGGUCAAUGCAGCCGAUGGCGUCAACCUCAUCUUCUACUAUCUCUUCGUCAUUCUGAACUCAUCACAGGGCGUGCUCGUCUUUUUCUUAUACUGUCUGAACACGGAAGAGGUGAGUUCUUAUCAAUACACCAUUAACAUAAGUAAGAUCUAAAUCGGUAACCAAUUUACCAAUUGUCAGCAUCAUGAGGUCAUCAGUUGCUCUUUAGAAAGGCUCUGCGUUCACGUAGUCCAACAAAUGUCAUAUUGAAUCCUGACUC